AUGGCUGUUAUCCCAGGCAAUGCACGCAACCAGCCGCCGUGGUGGAAGAAAAACCAAUCAAGCAAAAGUAAUGAAACCCCAGUUCCACGUCGAGAUGAUGUACACCAUGAUGCACAGUCUGCUAUGGAGGCCGAGCAUUACAUGGAUAACUUUGUGGCUUUCAAGAAAGGUAAUACUGGAGUGGGUAGUGAGCAUGAUGAAGGACAGCGUUGUGAAUCCGCUAAUGGGUCAUGUCUGAAACAAACCAAUCUGAGCCAUGCAGUGAGACUGGAUGAAGAUGUUGUUGGUUUGUCUCUCCAGGAAAACUGCAUUCCAUCCGACAGGGAAAAUCAUAUUGAUGCCAUUAUUGACCAUGGAGUUGAUGACGCCUGGCGGUUCACUGGUUUCUACGGAGACCCUGAGACCGCCAGCCGGGAAAACUCCUGGUCCAUGCUCAGAACAUUGAGUAUACGGUUCACUCUCCCUUGGUUGUGUAUUGGUGAUUUUAAUGAAAUCUUAUAUGCAGAUGAGAAACAGGGUUGGCUUGAUAGACCGGAGAGACAAAUGCAGGGUUUUCGUGAUGCUCUUGAUUUUUGCAGGUUGAAGGAUUUGGGGUUUAAUGGCUUCCCAUUCACAUGGUGUAAUAGGCGCCCAGGAAAUCAAAAUGUUUGGAUCCGAUUGGAUAGAGGGGUUGCUACCGUUGACUGGAUUCUGAAAUUCCCUACCUCCAGAAUUCACCAUUUGGAUGCUUUUCAUUCUGAUCACAAGCCUAUACUCCUAAGCCCAGAUCUAGAACAAAACCGGUUUUAUAAAAAAGGACGUCCUUUCCGGUUUGAAGCCAUGUGGUUAAGGGACAGGUCCUGUGAAGAGGUAAUCCGAGAUUCUUGGGGAGUUGGGAUGGUACAAGCCACGGCGUGGGGUUUCAAUAGCAAAAUUUCUACCUACCAGACAAAUCUUAGAGUGUGGAAUAAAAAGACUUUUGGCCAUGUUCGACAUUCUGUAAAGAAAAAAUUAGUUGAGUUGAAGUCGGAGAAGGAGAGUGGAGGGUACAGAAACAAUCCUUUUCAGAUUCAGGUGUUACGAGAUGACAUCCAACAGUUACAAGCAAGAGAGGAGUAUGACAAUGGAAUUUGGGUAGAAGAUGAGGUCGGAUUGGGGAAGGUGGUGGAGGGCUACUUCGAUCAAAUUUUCACCAGUUCAAAUCCGCAUGGCUUUGACACUAUCUUGUGUGGUAUCCAAAGUGUUGUUGGGAUGGAUUCGACUGAGCAGUUAGAGGGUGAUUUCCAAGCUAGUGAGGUCAAAGAAGCUCUCAAUCAAAUGGCCCCCCUCACAGCCCCUGGUCUUGAUGGGGAAGACGUGACUGCAGUGGUGCUCCGAGCCUUAAACUCAGGUAUUGUUCCAGAUUCCAUAAAUACUACUUUCAUCACCCUCAUACCCAAAAUUAAAAACCCCAAGAAAGUUUCAGACUUUAGGCCAAUAAGUUUGUGUAAUGUCAUCUAUAAACUUAUUGCUAAAGUGGUGGCUAACCGUUUGAAAAAGUUUCUAGCUAUUUCUGUGCCAGAUUUGCAGAGUGCUUUCCUUUCAGGCCGGUUGAUAUCUGAUAACAUUCUUGUGGCUUUUGAGACGCUUCAUUAUUUGAAGAGAAAAACACGAGGCAAAAUGGGUUUUAUGGCUCUAAAGCUUGAUAUGAGUAAAACUUAUGACCGGGUGGAGUGGGGUUUUGUGGAGGCAAUAAUGCAACAUUUGGGGCUUGGGGAGAGGAUGAGAAGAAUAAUUAUGUCAUGCAUGAAGUCAGUGUCGUACUCAAUCCUUCUCAAUGGGCAGCCAGUUGGAAACAUUAAACCCUCUAGGGGGCUCCGCCAAGGUGACCCUCUGUCACCGUAUCUGUUCCUAUUGUGUGCCAUGGGUCUACAAGGCUUAUUGAAAAAGGCAGAGAUGGAAGGUAGGGAAGUUCUCAUUAAAGCUGUCAUUCAAGCCAUACCAACGUACACUAUGGGUUGUUUCAAGCUACCCAAAGGGUUGAUCAAAGAGCUAGAAGUCCUUAUUAGGAAGUUCUGGUGGGGCUAUAAUGAUGAUUCAAGGAAGGUGCAUUGGGUUAGUUGGGAGAGGUUAUGUGAUGCAAAAGAAGUGGGUGGAAUGGGUUUCAAAGAAAUUGAGAAGUUCAAUGACGCCCUCCUUGCUAAGCAAGUAUGGCGGAUGAUGCAAAACCCGGAGUCCCUUUGCUUUAGGGUCUUCAAAGCCCGUUUCUUCCCAAAUUGCUCUAUUCUUGAUGCCAAGGAUUCCAAUACUGGAUCCUAUGCAUGGAAGAGCAUUCUUGGUGCUCAGGAUGUUAUUAGAAAGGGUAUGGUGUGGCGUAUUGGGAAUGGUCAAUCUGUUCGAAUUAAGGAAGACAAGUGGCUUUCGGUAAAACCAAGUAGAGUAACCCUCUCCCCCCUCCCCUCAGUUAUGGCGGAAACUAAGGUGAGCUCUCUUAUCAAUCCAGAGUUGGGUGUGUGGAAAUCUGAGGAGGUUAACCGGGUUUUUCUACCUCAUGAAGCUUCUUUGGUAUUGGGGAUUCCACUUAGCCACAGAAAACCCCCUGACCGUGUGACUUGGUCAUGCACUCCAUCUGGAGAGUAUAGCACAAGCAGCGCCUAUAAAUUGCUAGCUGCCUCGGCUUCAACAGCCCAUGCAAGCUCAUCCAAUCAGGCCUCUCAGAGAAGUUUUUGGAAAGGAAUUUGGAAGCUGCAGGUGCCCAACAAGAUUAAACACUUUGUUUGGAGAGUUUGUAACAAUGCUCUGCCUACCAAGUGUAAUCUGAAGCGGCGUCAUAUUACAGAGUCGGACUUGUGUGAGUUGUGCAAAGAUACUCCGGAAGAUGCCCUUCAUGCACUGUGCUUUUGCAGCCACGUAGCCCCUGUGUGGCAACCUUUCCAUUGGUUCCAAACCAUGAUAUCUCCCCCUCCCCUUAAUUUCUGUGAUUUACUUAACAAGCUUUUGCAGGUUCGGGAUGAUCUUAGAACAGAGUUGUUCGCAACAAUUGCUUGGUGCUUGUGGAACAGACGAAAUGCUCUUCAUUUUGGACGCCCAGCUAAUCCCAUGGCGAAUAUCAGUUCCGUUGCUGGCGCACUGGUACAGGAAUUCAUUGCUAGCCAGAUUCCAGAAAUCCCUAUCCAUCAACCUUUUGCUUGGCAUCAAUGGCGCCCUCUAGAACCAGAUGCAGUCAAAGUGAACUUCGAUGCGACACUCUUCAAACGGACGAACUCAGCUGGUAUUGGCAUCAUAGUGCGUGAUUGGAGAGGAGUUUCCCUUGCUGCCUUGUCCAUGCCUAUUCCGCUAUCUUCAUCAGUUCCUGAUAUGGAAGCGUUGGCCUGUCUCAGAGCAGUCCAAUUAGCAGCUGAGUUGGAGUUUCAAUGCAUAAUCUUUGAAGGUGACUCGGCCACAGUCAUUUUUGCAGUAAACCAGGGGUCUUCACUACUAUCUUCCUUUGGAAAUAUUGUUGACAAUAUUCGGUAUUUACUUCCUAGUUUUUCUUUAGCUACUUUUAGUCAUGUCAACCGCACGAGUAAUUUAGUUGCGGAUGCUCUCGCAAAAAAGGCUUCUUCCAACGUUGGUAGCCAAGUUUGGAUGAAUGCUUUACCUUCAGACAUUGCUGUUUUAGUAGACUUUGAUGUUCAUUAG